AUGGUGACGGUUAACCGGUUAGUUUUUCAUCUGUUCCCUGGCUUUUCUUUUCCUCUGCUUCAGUGUUCAUUACUCAGGGUUGAUAAAGACAGGAGUGGAGUAAUAUCUGACAGUGAACUUCAGCAGGCAUUAUCCAAUGGAACAUGGACUCCAUUUAAUCCAGCAACUGUCAGGUCAAUUCUGUCCAUGUUUGACAGAGAGAACAAAGGUGGCGUGAAUUUUAAUGAAUUUUCUGGAGUCUGGAAGUAUGUCUCAGAUUGGCAGAAUGUUUUUCGAACAUAUGAUAGAGACAAUUCUGGAAUGAUUGACAAAAAUGAACUAAAGCAAGCACUAACAGGUUUUGGAUAUCGACUGUCUGAUCAAUUCUACGAUAUCCUUAUUCGGAAAUUUGACAGACAAGGAAGAGGACAAAUUGCUUUUGAUGACUUUAUUCAGUGCUGUGUUGUGUUACAGAGGUUGACUGAUGUAUUCAGGCGCUACGAUACUGAUCAGGAUGGCUGGAUUCAAGUGUCUUAUGAACAAUAUCUUACCAUGGUCUUUGGCAUUGUAUGACAGUGAGCAGUGCAAAUGAGAUUGGCCAUUAGCGCUACAAAGAUUGGAGUUGCCAAAUCGUGUCACUUACUGAAUAUGACUAUAAAUAUUGUUUUGUUCUCUUCAAUUGUGUAUGCCAUCAGCUUCAGAAUCUUUGUACUCAAGCUGCUUAGCUUUUAUGUGAUAUUACUGUAGCAACAAUGGCCAUAUCACUUGUUAGUGCAAAGUUUAUUAUUGUGAUGUCAGUGCUAAUUUUUUUCCAGAUUAUCAUGCAUGGAAAAAUAUUUUUUUAGAAAUACAAAAUUAAAAUAAUGCUUGUUAAUUACAAGUGACUUAGUGGUCAGACAAAUUGCACAACAGGGUUUGCACGUGCCUUACUUUUUAUAAGGAUUUAAUGUAUUAAUUUUUAAUACAGAAUUUAAAACAGUAAAUACAUCAGACAGUCAA